CCCGGCGACCAGUCCAGGGUCUCUCCUCCCAUCCCGUACACUGCCGCUUGUCUCUACCGCCGCUUACCGAUUUGUUUCGCUAGCGCUAGUCUAGUUCUCACGCAAGCUUCCCAUCAAUUUCCUACUCUUCUCCCAGGCCCUCGUUCCCCCUUCCCCUACAUAGCACGAACCACACCGAUCUGUCUCUCUUUAACCGCAUCACAAUCCGAGCAUCAUGUCGCAGUCACCCCAGGGCGAUAUCCAGGAGAGAAUCGCCGCUGCUCGUCGCGAGGCGGAGAGUUUGAGGGAGAAAAUUCGAGCGAGGAGAGAGUCCUCUGCGGAUACUAGCUUACGUGCGAUGGCGGCUGAGGUUGCUGCAUUGCCUCGCAUCGUAAUGCGCCCUCGUCGUGCCUUACGAGGCCACUUGGCCAAGAUAUACGCAAUGCACUGGGCGACAGAUCGUCGGCACCUCGUUUCGGCGUCACAGGACGGAAAGCUGAUCGUUUGGGACGCCUAUACUACCAACAAAGUCCAUGCCAUUCCGCUGAGGUCCAGUUGGGUCAUGACUUGCGCGUACUCACCAUCUGGCAACUACGUGGCAUGCGGUGGUCUGGAUAACAUCUGCUCAAUAUACAACUUACAUUCCAAAGAGGGCAACAACGUCAAGGGUGCUCGUGAGCUAAGCGCUCACUCAGGAUACCUCAGUUGCUGUCGUUUCUUGAACGAUCGACAGAUAGUCACAAGUUCCGGCGAUAUGACCUGUAUGCUUUGGGAUAUCGAGGCUGGCGUCCGGGUCGUAGAGUUCAGCGACCAUACCGGAGAUGUCAUGAGUUUGUCGCUCGGUCCCAACCAGAACGUCUUCGUUUCCGGGGCGUGUGACGCAACUGCAAAGCUCUGGGACAUCCGCAGCGGCAAGGCCACGCAAACAUUCACAGGUCAUGAGUCAGACAUCAAUGCAGUGAACUUUUUCCCGAACGGUGAUGCUUUCGCCACGGGUUCUGACGAUGCAUCAUGCCGCCUGUUCGAUAUCCGGGCCGAUCGGGAACUGAACGCAUUCACCCAUGAUAAUAUUCUGUGCGGUAUCACCUCGGUCGCGUUCUCGAUUUCUGGUCGCAUCCUCUUCGGUGGCUACGAUGACUGGACCUGCAAUGUCUGGGAUACCCUGAAAGGCGAGCGUGUGGGGGUAUUGACCGGCCACGAGAACAGGGUCAGCUGUCUGGGGGUUAGUGCAGAUGGUAUGGCUCUCUGUACGGGUAGUUGGGAUAGCACGCUCCGGGUGUGGGCAUAAGUCCUUCCGCAUGCAGAACCCCCUUCAUCGCCGUCCUUUAUCGCCAUACCCUAUACCACACCGCUUACUGCAAGUCUGGAUUCUGGCCCCUCGCUUCCGGCAUAUCAAUAUCUGUGUCUUUAUACGGGUAGCUGUCUACACCCGCCCGUGCUUUCCUGCUCUACGAAUACCUUCAGUCUGUCUUUACGGUGAUCGUCUGCAUUGUUCUUCAGUACGAACGGAGUUUUUAUAUUCUUCUUGUGCCAUCGAUGUUAUUCGUAUGUUCUCGCCCAACUGCCCGUCUCGAUGCUCUUCCUUACCUGGCCUUUGCUAUUCACCUAUACGCCUCAUGACCUCCCAAAACAGCAGAAUACAGCUCC